GUGUGUGUGUGUGUGUGUGUGUGUGUGUGUGUGUGUGUGUAACUGCAGUAGAUUUGACCUUUGGACACUUCAGCCGCAGGUGCAAACGUACAAGUGGUCGCCCUCCUAAGCCUUUAGUCUCGCCUCGCCUCUCUUCCAGCCUUGGCCUCAUACGCGGACCCUGCCUUCAGCCAUUCAUUCGAGUGUUUGUUCUUGCGUUCAUCGCCUUGUUCCUUGCUGCGUUCAUAUACAUAUACUAUAUCAUUUUUCAACAUUUUGCACUUUUUACUUUUAAGCAGCUUGUCCUUCGCGCAUCUACAGCCAUGUACACAAAGUAUGCUUUCUGUAUAACUGUAAUUCUAUUGGUGAGCCUCAUGAUAUUCAGAGACGUAUAUGAAGAGAACUAUAGCUAUAGAUACCCACUCCCGUUCUCUGCCUUGACGUUAAACUCCAGCCUUUGGGGGGAAAUACGACCUAGUGAUCUGGACGCGCCUCAAGAAAAGCAACACAAAGGUACUCCCUUUUCCUCCAACGACGCAAGUGCAAUAACAAAAACGGUCGGAAGCGAUGACACACAGUGGGACCUCAUGACCACGGCCGUAGUGUCGGAGGAACCUUGGAAGAGAGAUGCCGAGCGGAGGAUGACCGAGAGAAGGGAGUCUGUGCGCGCUCGUUGUGACCAGGUGGGGAAAUACCCGUACAGUGUUCGGGUCACGAGUCAAAGGUCGCUUUACUACUCCGGGAAGCACGACCUUCUGGUGUGUGUUACGGCCAAGUCCGGUGCCUCUACGUGGAAGACGCACCUCCUCCGGAUGGAAGGAGUGGAUGACCCUGCCUUGAGUAAUCCUCACAUCCCGAAGUACAGCAAGGUGAUCCACGCCCUGACUAAUCUCGGAUAUGCCAAGCUACAGCAGAAAUUGAGGUCGCCUUCUGCCACGCGGGUCAUGACUGCCAGGCACCCUCUUUCUCGCCUCGUCUCUGCCUAUCGUGACAAGUAUCAAGACGGACAGGCCUCUCCUGGCUACCCCUGGGGCGCUUUAAUGAAGCAAUACUGCAGUGACUGUAAAGAUAAAAAUGGAAAUCUACCAUUUCCUCAAUUCCUCAGGCUGGUGCUUGCUGAGAUGGCAGACAAAGGCCCCAUAAACCUGAACCGACACUGGCGUCCGUACUCCAGCAUCUGCAGCCCCUGUGGCAUCCAGUACGACUACAUCCUGAAGCAGGAAACCUUCGACGACGACCUCCGCUACGUGGCUGAACACCUCGAUCUCCAGGAGGUGGAACUCGGGACUCGAAAUAACAACAAGAGCAACAGGACGCAUCUGGCUUCCUACCUGGAUUACUAUAACGAGGUUCCGAGUAAAGUUCUGGGACAAAUUUUCAAACUGUACGAGACCGAUUUUAGAAUUUUUGAUUAUGAAAUUCCACAGACUCUCUUGGAUAAAGUAAAAGCUUGAAACUAUAUAUAAAGACCUGCCAAGUGGUUUUGUUACUUCGAGGGAUACUGCGAAGCCAAGUAGAACAUGAUACUGAAAUAAUGUUAAAAUAGUUGCAUAUAUUUUUGACAUCAUUAAGAUAUGAUUGCUGGAUAAUAGUAUAUGCCUUUUAUGUUUGUUUUUUAACCUCUUCUUAGGAAAUGUUAGUAUCGUACUUAUAGGCUGCAUUUUGAUGCCCAGUAUAAAGUCUAUUAUCUCUUAAUUCUUGCAUCUUUUAUUUGAAAUAUGUAGAUUAUGCAUAGAUUCUGGCUCGGUACACUGUAUAUAUCACUGCUGUACAUAUAAAUUUCUCUGACAUGAAAUGGACCGGUCCUGCUAUAUACAUUUUGUACAAAGCAAAGUAUGUGUGUGUGCGUGUGUGUAUGUGUGCGUGUAGGGUGUGUGUGUUGUGUGUUAUGUGUGUGUGUGUGUGUGUGUGUGUGUGUGUGUGUGUGUGUGUGUGUGUGUGUGUGUGUGUGUGUGUGUGUGUGUGUGUGUGUGUGUGUGUGUGUGUGCGCGUGCGCGCGCGCGCGUGUGUGUACUAUAUGUGUUUCGCUGUCAUUGCUUGGUAUAAAGUUUCCUAACUAGCAUUGCUAUUCAAGCAUAUCACUGAAAAAGAUUGAUUCUAUCAGGAGUACUAAGUUCCAAUUCCUUCACCGGCAACUUUCAUUACGUCUACCCAUCUUAAGGGUUACCAAACAGUACAUAUAUGACUUCCUAUGAUUGUGCUAUUAAAAACUACUUGAUAUUAUGUACCUAUAAGAAAAGACUGAUUUAAUUUGAUUUAGAUGGUGACACUAAUGUUAGGAUGUCAUGUAUAUAUAUAUAUGCUAAAGUACCCUGCUGCUACAGUUUGUUAUACAAUUUUAUUUUCGUUUUUAAACAUCAGAAGUUUACUUUACAAUAUCAUGUGCAUGUAUUUUCCAUUUAUUAUCCGCUUACAAUAAUUGUAUGCUUCCUUUAAAAUGACAGUAUUGCCAGCUACAAGAACAUGAAUUAAACUGUUACAUUUAUAAAAUAAAGGUUAUCUGUGAA